AAAUAGUGCUGAGUGAAGAUGCAGCUUCAAUAAGUGGGAAAAUCAAUGGAAGAUACUUACCGCAUGAAAAGCCUUUUGAGAUUUUUCUGACAGGCACCUAUUUAGGAAACCUGAUCUGUUUCCUUCGGUUGCCCUGUUUUUACACCAGUGGAUACAAAUCAGAUUGCUUCACUGUAGUUACACAACUAAUGUGGGACCAUGGCCUUUCCAAGAUCCAUGUGGCUGAACUGUGUAUGGAGAGCGAUGAUAGUCCGCCUGUUACACAUGGGAUUGAAUGCCACUUUUGCUUUUUGCAUACUUGGAUUUUUGCUUCACGCUGCAGCUGUGUCCUCCCAAAAAUUGGAUGAUACCAACCCAGUGGUGACCACCAACUUUGGCAAGAUAAGAGGGAUUAAGAAGGAACUUAAUAAUGAAAUUUUGGGGCCCGUUAUUCAGUUUCUUGGGGUUCCGUAUGCUGCCCCUCCAACAGGGGAGCGCCGCUUUCAACCUCCUGAACCUCCGUCUCCCUGGGCAGAUAUCAAAAAUACCACUCAGUUUGCUCCAGUGUGCCCCCAGAACAUUAUAGAAGGCAGGUUGCCUGAAGUCAUGCUUCCCGUGUGGUUUACUAAUAACUUGGAUGUAGUUUCUACCUAUGUACAAGAUCAGAAUGAAGACUGCCUCUAUUUAAAUAUCUAUGUCCCAACCGAGGAUGGUCCCCUUACAAAGAAACAGACAGAUGAUUUAGGUGAUAAUGACGGUGCUGAAGAUGAAGACAUUCGGGACAGUGGGGGACCUAAGCCUGUGAUGGUGUAUAUUCACGGAGGGUCCUACAUGGAAGGCACUGGAAAUUUAUAUGAUGGCAGUGUUCUAGCAAGUUAUGGGAAUGUGAUAGUCAUCACAGUCAACUAUCGCCUUGGGGUACUUGGAUUUUUGAGCACUGGGGACCAAGCAGCAAAAGGAAAUUACGGCCUCCUUGAUCUAAUUCAAGCUUUGCGAUGGACUAGUGAAAAUAUUGGGUUCUUUGGCGGUGACCCAUUAAGAAUAACUGUUUUUGGAUCUGGUGCAGGCGGUUCAUGCGUCAAUCUGUUGACUUUAUCCCAUUAUUCUGAAGGUAACCGUUGGAGCAAUUCAACCAAAGGACUUUUUCAAAGAGCAAUAGCUCAAAGCGGAACAGCUCUCUCCAGCUGGGCAGUUAGUUUUCAGCCUGCAAAAUACGCCAGGAUGUUGGCUACAAAAGUUGGUUGCAACAUGUCAGACACUGUAGAAUUGGUAGAAUGUCUACAGAAGAAGCCUUAUAGAGAACUUGUCGACCAGGACAUUCAACCAGCAAGAUACCAUAUAGCCUUUGGACCAGUAAUUGAUGGCGAUGUGAUACCAGAUGAUCCUCAGAUAUUGAUGGAACAAGGAGAAUUCCUCAAUUAUGACAUCAUGUUGGGAGUUAACCAAGGGGAAGGGUUAAAAUUUGUUGAAAAUAUUGUGGAUAGCGAAGAUGGCAUAUCAGCUAGUGAUUUUGACUUUGCAGUUUCUAAUUUUGUCGAUAACUUAUACGGAUACCCUGAAGGCAAAGAUAUAUUGAGGGAAACUAUUAAAUUUAUGUACACGGACUGGGCAGAUCGACACAAUCCGGAGACCAGAAGGAAAACACUGCUGGCUUUGUUUACUGAUCACCAGUGGGUUGCACCAGCAGUGGCUACAGCAGACCUUCACUCAAAUUUUGGAUCGCCUACGUAUUUCUAUGCCUUCUACCAUCAUUGCCAGACAGAUCAGGUACCUGCAUGGGCAGAUGCAGCCCAUGGAGAUGAGGUUCCUUACGUACUAGGAAUCCCUAUGAUUGGUCCUACUGAAUUAUUUCCUUGUAAUUUUUCCAAAAAUGAUGUCAUGCUAAGUGCGGUGGUGAUGACGUACUGGACAAACUUUGCAAAAACUGGUGACCCAAAUCAACCAGUGCCACAAGAUACAAAAUUCAUUCAUACAAAACCAAAUCGUUUUGAAGAAGUAGCAUGGACCAGAUAUUCUCAGAAGGACCAACUGUAUCUUCACAUUGGAUUAAAACCACGAGUUAAAGAACAUUAUAGAGCCAAUAAAGUGAACCUCUGGUUGGAACUGGUACCUCAUCUACACAAUCUUAAUGACAUUUCACAGUAUACCUCUACCACAACUAAAGUGCCAUCAACUGAUAAUACUUUCAGACCAACAAGGAAAAAUUCUGUUUCUGUUACUUCAGCCUUUCCUACAGCCAAACAAGAUGAUCCCAAACAACAGCCAAGCCCAUUUUCAGUGGAUCAAAGAGACUACUCAACAGAAUUGAGUGUUACUAUUGCAGUUGGUGCAUCUUUGCUGUUCCUGAACAUUUUGGCCUUUGCAGCACUGUACUACAAAAAAGACAAGCGGAGACAUGAUGUUCAUAGGAGAUGUAGCCCACAGCGUACUACUACCAAUGAUCUUACCCAUGCACAAGAAGAGGAGAUAAUGUCCCUCCAAAUGAAGCACACUGACUUGGAUCAUGAAUGUGAGUCCAUCCAUCCACAUGAGGUGGUUCUCAGGACCGCCUGUCCCCCAGACUACACGCUAGCUAUGAGAAGGUCUCCUGAUGAUAUUCCCUUAAUGACACCCAACACCAUCACAAUGAUCCCCAACACUAUACCAGGGAUUCAGCCCCUACACACAUUCAAUACAUUUACCGGAGGACAGAACAACACUCUGCCCCAUCCUCAUCCCCACCCCCAUUCACACUCAACAACCAGGGUAUAGCCAGACAAGACGAAACAAACUUUAUUUUUUGAUGGAUUACAGUAGGUGAUGUUACUGAAGAUUACUUGGCUUUCAACCUACAAGACUCUUACUAUUUAAAUAUGGAGGAAUAUUAUGUGAAUAUACAUAUCAAGAACUUUUGGGGUUUUGAAAAAAAUGAAUUGUACAUAUAUCAAAUGAACUUAAGAAACAAACAAACGAAACAGACAAAAGAAAAACAAAAACAAAAAAACCCAACUGUUUGCAAUUGCUUGAAGCAGUUGUCCUGAAUGAUACUUUUUCAUUCACAUUCAAGUAUUAAUUUUUUGAAGAUUUAAGUUACAUAAUGGAAUUAGGCAUGUGCAACACAAACAGGAAAGAACUAUGACUGAAAAUUUUUAAAACCUAUAAAUAUGCACAAGGGACACACUCUUGGAAUGUCAGAUAAUUUUCACCAAUUUUUAUUUGGAUGUGGUUUAUUGUAUAGACCAUAUUUACAUAUUUGAAUAAGUACACAAAGCACCAAUGCUGUUAAGGCCUUAGAAAGGGGCUCAUGCUGAAAUCUGUCAGUCAAAGAAGUUUUACAGCCUGGCAGGUACAACAUUAUCACAUAAGUGCUGUCAGUAUAAAAGUUGUGGGAAUAAAGGAAACUGGAUUUUUUUAGCACGAUGUGCAUGAUAAUUUAUAUGCUUGGUGGCUGUGCUGCUGAUUAAGCCGUAAUUAAAAUUCUUCUCAUCCCAUUGGAGUUUUUAAUAGAAGAUUUCUCCAUCAAUUGGCACAACCUAAAGAAGUUUUUUAAAGGGGCAAAAGUAAUUACAGUAAAAUAUUUCAGAGUAGCUUCAGAAAUAGAAGGAAUUGCAACAGUUCUUAAAGGUUUUUGUGGCAUUCUAGGUAUACAGUGAUGAACUCUCGCUGAUACGAAUCCCAGACAAAAAAUUUGUAUUAUUAAAGUUCUUUCUCCUUUCCACCUCAAUAAUUUCUAACUUUAACAUAACUAUAACUUUAAUGGAAUCUCCUCUGAUGAAGGAUUUAUAACUUGCUGUGAUUUAGUUACAAUAUAUUUAGUUCAAAUUGGUAAGGUAAUAUGUGUCCAAAAAUGUAAUUGCAAUGAUAUUUUGCAAUACAAAAAUGCCCCAAUAUUACUGCUCUGAUUACACCUUUCAGUUUAUUGUUUAAACUCAUGUUGCAUGUUACAAAAUUUACUUACAAUACUUUAAUAUAAAGUUAAUUCCCGUUUUGCUAUACAUUAGCUUUGCCAUUCAAAUGAAUUCUCUAGACCAGAUGGCAACAGUGUAGAAUAAGAGGGUGUGUAAGAAUGGGGAGAGCACCAACAACUGGAAAAUUUAAAAUCUAAAUACUACGUAUGUUUGUGUGAUUGGAAAUGAAUGUUCUAAAAUCACAAGAAAUUCUUCAUUCCCCUGUUGCUUUCCAGUAAUUCUACACCAUGGUCCUUUCAAAAUGUUUGUAUAUGUAAUCAGAUGUACAUUUAUAUAAAAGAAAUAAUUGAGAUGGACUUAAGAGCACAUCCCUGAUAAAUCCUUUCUCUCUUACCUGUACUAUAUUUCUAUUAGACUAAAGUUAUGUGAUUUUUUUUUUACAUUUUUUCAGAUUACUAGCAAUUUUGAUAGUUUGUAAGAUAAUGCGAAGAACUUUCUCUGACAAACUAACUGCAGUAACAGAAACAUUUCUUUUCAGUUACUCUUUUUCAAGAAUGAAAGCUUAUUACACACAAAAAUUGUAUACUACUUGAUGGAAAAUUACUUUGUACUUCUUGGCCAUAUUACUGGUCACUGAGUGAAAUAAAGAUAAUCUGGAUAACGAA